CGACCUCCAUUUUCAUAUUCAUCACUCAUUGCUCAAGCAAUUCUUGAGUCUAAGGAAGAACGGAUGGCACUUCGAGAUAUUUACAAUUGGAUAACUGAAAAGUAUCCAGCACUAUACAAUGCCCAAGAUACUGGCUGGCAGGCAAGAAAUUUCCUUUUGCAUAAUCUCUCUCUCAACAAGUGUUUUAGAAAAAUCCCUAAAUCAGAAAAUGAAACUGUCGGUCGAGGGAAAGGUGGUUACUGGACCAUUGAUCCUAACCAUAUGGCCAAAUUUAAGAAUGGCUCGUUUGCUAGAGGAAGU